GCCUCUCUGCCCCCUUGUUUCAGCGUGAGUGCAUCUCCAUCCAUGUGGGCCAGGCGGGUGUGCAGAUAGGCAACGCCUGCUGGGAGCUGUACUGCCUGGAGCACGGCAUCCAGCCUGAUGGCCAGAUGCCCAGCGACAAGACCAUCGGCGGCGGAGACGACUCCUUCAACACCUUCUUCAGUGAGACCGGGGCGGGCAAGCACGUGCCCAGGGCCGUGUUCGUGGACCUGGAGCCCACGGUGGUUGAUGAGGUUCGCACGGGGACCUACCGGCAGCUGUUCCACCCUGAGCAGCUCAUCACUGGCAAGGAGGAUGCAGCAAACAACUACGCCCGUGGGCAUUACACCAUCGGCAAGGAGAUUGUGGACCUGGUGCUGGAUCGCAUCCGCAAGCUGUCUGACCAGUGCACGGGCCUGCAGGGUUUCCUCAUCUUCCAUAGCUUUGGAGGCGGAACUGGCUCUGGGUUUGCCUCUCUGCUCAUGGAGAGGCUGUCUGUGGACUACGGGAAGAAGUCCAAGCUGGAGUUUGCCAUCUACCCUGCGCCCCAGGUGUCCACCGCUGUUGUGGAGCCGUACAACUCCAUCCUGACCACCCACACCACCCUGGAGCACUCGGACUGCGCGUUUAUGGUGGACAAUGAGGCAAUCUAUGAUAUCUGCCGCCGUAACCUGGAUAUCGAACGGCCUACCUACACCAACCUCAACCGCCUGAUUGGCCAGAUUGUGUCUUCCAUCACUGCAUCCUUGCGCUUUGACGGUGCUCUCAAUGUGGAUCUGACAGAGUUCCAGACCAAUCUCGUCCCUUACCCUCGCAUCCACUUCCCCCUGGUCACCUACGCCCCUGUCAUUUCCGCUGAAAAAGCCUACCAUGAGCAGCUCUCCGUGGCCGAGAUCACCAACGCCUGCUUCGAGCCUGCCAAUCAGAUGGUGAAGUGUGACCCCCGCCAUGGCAAGUACAUGGCCUGCUGCAUGCUGUACCGUGGGGAUGUGGUGCCCAAAGACGUCAAUGCUGCCAUCGCCACCAUCAAGACCAAGAGAACCAUCCAGUUUGUGGACUGGUGUCCCACUGGCUUCAAGGUUGGCAUCAACUACCAGCCGCCCACAGUGGUGCCGGGGGGUGAUCUGGCCAAGGUGCAGCGGGCUGUGUGCAUGUUGAGCAAUACCACUGCUAUAGCGGAGGCCUGGGCGCGCCUGGAUCACAAGUUCGACCUGAUGUACGCUAAGCGGGCAUUUGUCCACUGGUAUGUGGGUGAGGGCAUGGAAGAGGGGGAGUUCUCGGAGGCGCGGGAGGACCUGGCAGCGCUGGAGAAGGAUUAUGAGGAGGUGGGCGUCGAUUCUGUGGAGGGAGAGGCUGAGGAAGGAGAGGAGCUGUGAGACCCAAUGGAUGCCAAAACCUGCUGUGAAACCUGUUCACGUUCCAAUAAAGAAUUUUAUCAUUUCA